GUCGCAUGAGCACCAGCGAUCAGCUGAUGCCAUCAACAUUAUGUCCCUCGUCUACCUGGAGUGAACAACAUUCCGCCCUACGGUCUACCUCUAACACACACCGCUUUUUAGUCGCCGCUCCUCUACAGCAAAGAACGAUAAACAUUUUAAAGUUUGAUUCUCAACAUUCGUACUCGUGCAGUCAUCGAGAAGAUAAACCCUUCAUACAAACUGCACGUCCAUUAAGGACCCAAUUCCCAGUCUUACAUAAGUUCACUGCACAUUUAGCAAAGAACCAGCAACUGCCCAUCACUGUCAGCUACCAUAUAUCGAGAAUGGCGGCGUUUGUUGCCAAGAUAACGUCAAUCACCCCUCGUAUCACUCGCAUCCUAGGCUGCAACCCGGGGCCUAUGACUCUACAGGGCACAAAUACCUACCUGAUUGGGACUGGUAAGAGUCGUAUUCUGCUUGAUGCAGGCGAGAAAGGAAAUGCAGACUACAUUUCAGCACUCUUGUCAGUGUUGAAACAGCAAGAGACUACCAUUGACAAAAUUGUUAUCACCCAUUGGCAUCAUGACCAUAUAGGAGGCUUAAUGGAUGUUCUUGGUUGCUUAGGAGGUUGUGUUAAAGUAUACAAAUUUCCUCGAGCUGAUGCUCCUGAUGAGCCCCUACAUGAGUCGGUUAGACUCAUAAAACUCAAGCACAAUGAUGAAAUCAAAACAGAAGGUGCAACUCUCAAAGUUCUUCAUACUCCAGGCCAUACCACUGACCAUGUUGUAUUGGCAGUGGAGGAGGAGGGGGCAGUGUUUAGUGGUGACUGUAUAUUAGGGGAAGGAACGGCAGUAUUCGAAGAUCUUCAUACAUAUAUGGCUUCACUAAAGGAAACUCCUGAGCACCUACACAGAGCAGCUGAGUUCAAUGUGACCCAUCAUUUGCAGAAACUCUUCAAGGAUGGCUUAAUUCGUAAUCAAGGAAACAAGUGGUGUCAUAUUGACAGGAAAGAUCAAUUGUAGUAAAGGCUCCUGUGUGUGGUGUGUGCCAUAUAAGAAAAAACCAAAAUCAAAAGAAUUUUCCAUUUAAUGUUUGUUUGUUUUUCAGGUUAUUAUUGUGUGUUAUUAGUAUCAUCUUAACUCUUGUGGGUUGUGAUGAGAUCUGCCAUUUAUGUGUAUUUUAAUUUGUGUUUUGAUAGGGUAUUAGGUAUGCUUAGGGGUGCCUUCUUGCCAUGGCCUGUGGCUGGGGUGAUUGGUGCCCUGAAGCUACAUAAACACUCUAUACCCCCCGAAGUGGCAAGGGGAGUUAGGGGACAAGAAUUGCCCUAUUUAAUUGAAACUAGUUCUGUGUAUCUUGUAUCCGUUAUAUGUGUUGAUUCCAUGGGAAAUAAUAUGAAUGAGGUAAAAUUUAAAAGCAAUACCCCCCUCCCCGCUCAGCUCGUUGUCGCCAUGUGGGGGCUUAGUGGACGGCUGCCGGAGUGUGAUGCUCCUUGGGACAGUCCUCUGUCCUUUUCUAGCCUUGUGCUCCU